UGAAUGAGCAAAGUUACGCUACGAGCAAGUGGGUAGGUAACCUGAACCCUCUGCAGCCCAUAACAAGUGCUCCCAUUCUCUUUCUGUGGUCCUGCACUGAAACCAGCAGGAUGUGAAACCUGCACUGCUGCAUAUUGACUGACGAGGCUUUUUUGGACAUUUUUUUUGUCUUUUACACUCGCUUCAGGGAUGAAUGCUGUGAGUAGUGUAUUAUUGUGAAACAGCCUUCAAGAUGGAGCCAGAGCCUGAAGACCCAGACAACAAUGACAACUUGGUCCCUUGGUCAGGUUCAGAUGGGUCCCAGGAACUUUGUGUGUCUGAGUCCUUGGCAGAGUCCUACUAUGAAGAUGAUGCCAGUGAUGUAGACUACCCUUUAGAUCCUCAGCCUGCUCUUAUCCCAAAGACUGACCUCAGUUCCCCUGAACACCUUCAGUCACAAAACUGGGAAUCUGCAGGUGACCAACAGUCCCUGCCUGAACUUAGCGGAAGUGAAGAGGAUGUUUCAUACCAAGAAGAGGACGACAUCUACCUUAGUGAAUCAAGAGAGUCCAUUACAGAAUCUCCUCACAUCCAGACCUCACCAACAUCACUGUCCGAACACCCACAUCAUCCUGACUCCGAGCCCCAAGCUGACCAGAUAUCACUGCCACAUUCCCAGUCAUCUUCCUCCUCUAUUGGCUGUGCUGCUGAAAUGACCCUGGCCUUGACCCUGACCACAGAACAACCCCUUGGAGCCAGUAAUAGACAGGGCACAGGGACUGGGAACAGGAGAGUUGAAUCCUCAGAGGAAGGAGGGAGUAGUGAAGCACCUCCUGCUUCUGUCUUCUUUGGAAUUUCAGACGAGGUUGCUGAGCAGGCAGAGAGGUGGAACUCGGAGUCUGACACAGAUCUGUGCAGACCGAACAGGCACAGGGGAAGGCACACACGGAUCGGUCGCAACGAAAGCCAAUCAGAAAGACAGGUCAAGGAGAACAAGUCUAAAUGUAAGCGAAUUGCUCGGCUUCUAACUGAUGCACCCAACCCUCAAAAUAAGGGAGCCUUGCUGUUUAAAAAACGUCGCCAGAGGGUCAAAAAGUAUACACUUGUGAGUUACGGGACUGGUGAUAACAAGCUUGACAGUGAAGACCAAAUACAGCACGAAACUGAAGAAGUCACAUCAGCUGGGUAUAACUUUGUGGCAACAAGUGAAUCUGAGUUAGAGGAGGAAUAUUCUCUUUAUCAUCAGCAGCAUAAUUUGAGCCUGAAUUGGGGAAGUGUUCGAGAAAUGGAAGCAUUGCCAGAAACAAAAGGGAAGGGUGUUUUGAUGUUUGCCCAACGCCGCAAACGGAUGGAUGAUAUUGUGGCAGAGCAUGAAGAGCUGAGGAGUAAAGGAAUACCUGUGGAGACAUUGACAAGAUCCGAACGUACAGAAGCACACAACAUUUAUGACACUCAGGAUAUGUAUGGGCAUAGUGAUCAGGCCAACUACAUGGAUGUAAAUUUCAAACAGGAUGUAGCAUAUCAAGAAAAUAUUCAACAGACAGACCACCUAUCCAAUGUGUCAAGAUCCUUGGUACCAAACAGAACUGCAAAGCCGUUCCCAGGAAUUCAAGAUGGAACAACUGCUCCUGUCACACCUGAUGGUGUAGUUCCAGUGACAAAGAAGCAUGAACCGAGAUUCAGAGUACCUGUGGUUAUAAAUACUAGCCCCCAGGUUUGGUCCCCAACUGGAGACAUCAUAGCCUCAAGAGAUGAACGAAUAUCUGUGCCAGCAAUCAAGACAGGCAUUCUACCAGAGUCAAAACGGAAAGCCACUAAUAAACAGUCAUCCAUGAUAGCACAGGAUCCUAACCUUCAAAACAAAGGGGAAAGAAGGUCCUAUAUUGAGUCAGAGGAGGACUGUUUUAGUCUAGGUGCUGAAGCUUGUAACUUCAUGCAACCCAGAACAAUAAAACUUAAAAAUCCCCCUCCAGUUGCUCCAAAACCUACGAUCAACCCAUCCUGCCCACCUUGGAUGAGGAGGAGUCCCUCUUGUGAGCCCUUUAUUCCAUCAAGAAGUCCAGUUUCACAACCUUCUCAUAGUCCUUCAGCACCCCAUACUCAACAUUAUUUACAGCAGCAAGAUGGGACUCAGUCUCAACAGAUGGCCAACCACUGGGCAUCAGAUCAAACUCAGGCAACACUUCAGACACCUGCCAGUGCCUGGGCUCCGGUCAACUCAUCCUCUCAACUUCCUCUUCAGCCAACCACAAAUAGCUGGAGUCAGCAGCCUCCACGAUCCCCUGUGAGUAUGCACGCCUGCAGUCCAACUUACAGCCCUCAUCACCCGCCUUCACCUUCAAGGAGUAAGUCAGACAUUGCUCCGCACUCAGUUGCUUCUUGCCCACCACAAGCAAGGAAGUCAUACAUCCACACACCCAAGACAUCACAGGCUUCUCCAAAGGGUCAAGUCUCAGACAGAGGUAUUAAUCGGUCUGGUGAUGGUCCAACUAUGUCAGGAAAAGGUGCAGAGUUGUUUGCCAAAAGACAGUCCCGUAUGGAGAAGUUUGUUGUUGAUGCUGAAACGGUGCAAGCCAACAAAACAAGAUCGCCCUCCCCAACCUCAUCCCUCCCUUGCUAUUGGAGGUAUUCUUCCAAUGUUCGUGCCCCACCUCCUUCAUCAUACAAUCCGCUUCUUGCUCCUUUCUACCCUCCAUCAGCAACCAAACAACCCCCAUCCACAAGCCCCAAAAUAAAGCCUAAGACCAAAGAGAAACCUAAGGCAGCCCAAAAGCACCUCAACACCUUAGAUAUUAUGAAACAUCAGCCUUAUCAGUUGGACUCGUCAUUGUUCAAAUAUGAUGCGGUCCCUGAGGCCAAAAGCCCCAGCCCCAGACCAACUCCAGCAUCAAAGUUUGAGGCUACCAAAAGCCUCAAACAUAGAUCUGCCCCUUCUCAUUCUACUUAUAAUGCCCCCAAGCUUGCUGUUCAAAGCAAGGAAGAAGUCCCUGUUAAGUCUUCUGUAUCGGGAUUUGGCAGAAGCCGCUCCCUGAGCCUGCCCAAGCGACUGGAUUCAUUCACUUCUCCUGGACUUCUGUCACCUGUGAGCACACCUGGAAUGCAGCCAUCAUUUUUACCUACACAGAGGCAAACAUCCUUUCAAGAAAAGGUGUACAAGCCACUGUCACCAUGGGAGGCAGCAUCCAGAAGCCCGAUUGGUUCAGUGGAGGAGGCCUUUGUGUUUAAGAGCCACCCGUCAUCUAUUGCCUCUAACGUCAUAGCUGCUGGACACCGCAGAUCUCUGCCAGAGCCUCCAGUUGAAUGGAAGCGCAGGGUGUCUCUUGAUCCUCCAGCUGUCAGUAUGAUUCAACACCAUGCGGCCCCAGCUUUCCAGGCACCGUCCAUGAGCAGGACAUUUUCACCUGAGAAACCAGCCUUCUAUGGGCCUCCCUUCAGACCUGCCCAGCCAUUAAGGUCUGCCAGCAGGGUCAGUAUUGGAUACAUGGUACAGGGCUCCAGUCCAACAAAGUACUCCCCCUUGUAUAGUGCAGUCCAGAGAAGUUAAGAUCACUAAGAUGUGGUUAGUCAUACAAAAGAGAAAUAUGCUUUUUUUUUUUCUUCCUUUCUUUAAAUAAAUGAUAUGUGGUGUAGAAGAUCAUACAAAGUAUAUAUGGAAAAACAAAAAAGUACAUUUGGCACAAAGAGGUGGAAUAUGUUUCCUCUAUUGUGAUGAAAAAGUUUGUCGUUGGUGUGUGUUAGUUCAGAUUUGUCCAAAAGGUCUUAGGCAUAUUUCAGACCAAUUAUUACCUUUAAUUUAAAUUGUUAAUGGAAGUUAUUGGUCACAAAAAGUCACUAUCAUAUUAUGAGUGCUCACUUGGUUUGAAGGGCACAACAACUUACUGUAGCUUCGGUGCUGUGUUGCUAAUGAGAUAUUAUCCUGAUAAGCACUGAUGGGAGUUUUUGCAGUUGUGUUUAAGUGAUCAGAAUGUUUUAGUCAUUUAUUGCAGGCUGAUUUAGGAGGGAAAUGGACCACUACGGUCAAGAAAAGUUUUAGCAAAGUGUGUUGCUGAGAGCUAAAUUGAAAGUUGAUCAGAGAAAUGUGUGGCAGAUUGCUUUAUUUAAAACAAAAGAGGAGUGCUGUUGUUCACUGAAAAUACUUUAAACUGUCAGUUCUUAAUAUUUGCUGAGAAAUGAGUGUGUGGCUUUUUAGUUAUAUAUCUUUACUAAGGCUUUAAAACUCACUGUGGCCUUGCAGUUUCGUCAGGUUGGUGUUGUGUAAUUUUUUUCACAUCUUGACUAGUUCAUACAGCAAUAACAUUACAGGUGUUACUCCUCUUGUUUUUGUCAAUCUUUUCUGUCAAUACUAUUGUGAUGGCACACAUGUGCAAGGAGUGGAUAUUUCUAUUCAUCUGUGUAUCACUGUGUUCAUACAUUCUGCUCUAAAGAAGCUGCAGUGCAUUUUAGGAAGUGUGUGUUACAACUUAACAAUGACUUUAUUCCACUCACUGGUCUCAAAAUAGAUGCAGGGUUGUUGUUUUUAUUAUUAUUAUUAUUUUUUUUUUCUU